AACUUUCUUCUUUCUCAUCUUCAUUUUUCUUUUUCCUUUUCUUCAUUCCCUUCAUUUUCUUUCGUUUUUUCUUCCCUAUAAAUGAAAUGAGUCAGAUAAAAAACAUUAUUAUUAGACCACAAUUUAAUAUUAAAUAUCAUCUAUCAUAUAUUAUAAUAAAUGGCUUAAAACUUACUUUUAUUUGGAUUUAAACCAUGAUUUUUAGCCACCGUAUUCCCCUGCACACAUUCAUCCUAAAACACACCAAAAAUUAUCACAAAAUCCAAACAUUCAAAAUAAAAAAAGAAGAAAAUAAGAUUAUUUUCAAACCUCAGAAUCCAUAUUGUUUAUGCGCUAGACAAUAAUAGCAAACUUGAAUAUUUAGGUUUAUAAAUUUUAUCCUUGAAAACAGGAAUUUUCCCUUGUCAGUCACGAAGUAAUUGGAAAAAUGUUUCGGAAAACUAAGGAAUUUCAGUUCUCUUGUCAAAGGAAAUCUUGAAUUUCGUAAACAAAAUGGCGAUCUCUCGAAGUGUGAUUUUUCAAAUUUUUCAUCGUCCUUCGGCUAUUUCUUGUCGUUGUCUGUGUACGAGCUCCAAGAGAAGGUUAAGUAGAGCAGACCCACUCAUAGACAAGAUUUUAAGAGUAGAUCAUGCAGGGGAAGUGGGCGCGAACAGAAUAUACGAAGGUCAGAUGGCUGUAUUAGGCAGCUCAAAAUCUGCACCCGUUAUAAAGGUAUAUUUUAAACAGAAUUCUCUAGGUGGGUUUAGUUUUGUAUAAGUUGUUAUUUAUUUUAAUUUAAACAGUGUUUACACUAUUUUAAAGUUAACCUGAGCCUGCAAUGUCACUGACCAGCAACUUGAUCAGCCGCCUGUCACAUCCACCCGCUUUACACCCCAACCGCCUCCUCCCUCCACAUACCUAUUGCAAGAACCCCAAUGUUAAAAAAUUUAGUCUUUCUAUUACAUCGGCUGGCCACCUUAACAUAGACUCGGACAAGGUCUUUCUGCAUCCCCCCCCCACUGCAAUAUCAUGGCACUCACCCCCCUAACCCCAAUCCCAAUAUCAUGGCACUCACCUCCCAGUAAUUAUUGUGCUUCAUUCAGGAAAUGUGGGAACAGGAAAAGGAACAUGUUAAAAAAUUUGAUGAACUUUUACCAAAGUACCGAGUGCGACCAACAGCGCUGCUUCCAUUUUGGAAUGUUGCAGGUUAUGUGCUAGGUAAUAUGUCAAGCACAAUUGUUAAACUAUGUCUUCCAAACUGUUCUUUCUUCAAGAAACAUCCUUAUUGCUUCAGUGUUACUACAGGAGGAAAUCAGUGUAGUACAACAGUUAUGGUGUUUGGUAGAGUAAGAAAGACAACUGCAUAUUGCAAGUAUUAUAUAAACCCUCGUCACAGAGCUGAAAGGCACAAAACCAACAUGUGACAACAUCGUGUAGGAGCUGGUAGCGCACUGCUCGGUGAGAAAGCAGCCAUGGCUUGUACUGUCGCUGUUGAGGAAGUCAUUGGAGAACAUUAUGACAAGUAUGAACCAUCACUACCAUCAUUAAUAUCACUAAUCUUGUACCACCAUCACUACCUACCAUAAUCACCAUCAUCACUACCUACCAUAAUCAUCACCACCUUACCACCACUACCAUCAUCAUCACUACCAUCGCCACCACCACUGAUACAGUUUACUAAUCAUUAAAUAUACAUUUGUCAGCCAAUUAAGAGAACUAUUAGAAGACCCAGAACACCUUGACAAGCAUGAAGAAUUAUUGGAUGUAAGUAAUGCACAAUUUAGAAGGACGAAAGUUCAAUACACACCAAACAUUGGGGUAAAAAUUACGAUUGCUGCUCUACGUUGUAUUUAAGGUAAUCACAAAGUUUCGAGAUGAUGAAUUAGAACAUUUGGAGACAGGACUGGAACACGACGCGAUGCAAGUAAGACGACAGUUCACUGUUUCGUCUUCAAAAUUAUAUAUAUAUAUAUAUAUAUAUAUAUAUAUAUAUAUAUAUACAUCCUGCUCAUCAGCACUACACUGAUGAGGCCCAUAAGGCCGAAACGGUAUCGUCUGUAGUUAUAUAUAUAUAUAUAUGGAUUAUUGACCGUGCUAACAGUGCUGGGCAGGGCACGAAAUAAUUGCCGAUCAGUUCGAUCAAUGAUCAAUGAUCGGCAGGAAAUUGCUUUUGAUCGGCAGAGAAGCAAGGUUGCCGAUCGUCUUCAUCGGCAAGAACCAUUGUCUCGAAAACACGGUUAAUAUCGUUAACGAACACCAUGCAAUACUACGGCAUUAUCACAGAACAUAUAAAAAGAACGUGUCCUAUACUGAUCGGCCAGAUUUUAAUUUGAUCAGCAGAAAAUCAUAUGACUGCUGAUCACCAUGAUCGGGAACGUUGGAAAAGUUAUUUCGGGCCCUGGCUAAGUGAAAUGUACUUUGCUUUAUUUUUUAGGCCCCAUUCUAUUCCACAAUGAAGCAAGUCAUACAACUCGGAUGUCGAACUGCAAUUUGGUUGGCAGAAAAAAUAUAGAACAUAAAAAUUUAUCGUGGGAGAAUAUCAAGAGUUUAAAUCAUUAGUCUUAAGACAAUACGGAAUCGAAUCCUUGUACCUGUGUGUAUUCAGUCUUCCAGUCACGCGGAAAGUUUACGUCAGUCUAAAAAAUCCGCCAUUAUUGGGUGGCAAAUUAAUGUUGGUCACUUUGGACAGGAAACCACUGUCACUGACAGUCUGUCAGAGUUUCCUAGAAAAAAUUUCGUGAUAAAUCAAAGCGAUCAUUUCGAGCUAUAUCGAAGUAAACCUUGGGAAAAUUAUAGUUUAGCUUUAAAAAUUUGCCACCCAAACGGCGGAAGUCAAUGGAUUAGUUUAAAAUUUAAUAACUCAUUUCCCUAUCAAAACAAUGAUAAUUGGGCAAAAGUGUUAUUUUUAACAAGAAGGAACUAUGUUUAAUCUAAGAUUUACUUUCAGAGUACUCGACAGGAACUAGCUUGAUACCCAUGUCAUUGAGGAAGUCCUUCGAUGCGGAAGGAGAUUUCAACCUGUACAAAGUAGUGUCAAAUGUUAUUUAAUAUCUUGUGUGGUUAAUUAAUUAAAACAUACUUUAGUCUAUAUAAUACUUGUGUAUUCAUUAGCUAAUCCUCUGUACAAAUCGAGGGAUAAAAUUAUGUUUUAUGAAAAGUUUGUCGAUACAUUACUUAAGACCUGUCAAGAUAUUCAUUGAACAAAUUGCAGACCUAAUAUACGAGUAAAUAAUAUAUGUACAUAUUUGCAUAUUUGAUAUGCUGAAACGGAACUAAAACACAGUUGAAACAUUACUUAUUGAAAGUCAGCGUUUUCCAACGUGAUCUGCCACGCAGAAACGUCGACAUUUAUCGGAACAAGAAAAUGUAUUUCUUAGGAUAUGUUUACCGGGUAGCUUGCCAUAGCGACGUGAAAAAACAGCUAUCCGUAUCUUUUAGGAAAGCUAUUUUCAGAGGAAUUAUUUGCAACGGAGAGAUGUUGUUUCGCUCAGCUUCUGAAAGUUGUACGUAACAUUCCGUAUGGGAUAGAUGCUUUUUUGCGCCGCUAUGGAAAGCUUUUUGGUAUAGUGUAAACCUAGCCUUAAUUCUAUUCAUUGGCCUCUAAAACAAGGCCACUACAUAUAAUGAAAAGAAUGAACAUUUCCUCAUUCUGGGAACUGUCGUUUGAGCAGCAUCUGUUGCACGAUAGUGUUUUGUGAGCUGUACCGCAACACAACUCAGCUGUCAGACUCGUCCAACACUUCCAGAACAUCACCUCGUUGCAAGUUCCCUAACUUCACUUUAAACUCGUCUAUAUUGCAAGACUUGCUCUGUCUUUGUGACCAAAUAUUUAACACUUCGUUUGUGGGUGAAAAGUUUGGAAAACAAGCUUUACUUUGUAUUUUAAAUACUUCGUCAACUGUAAGGCCAAUCUCCCCAGCGAGUCCCGUCCAGUCGUUGUGCAGAGCGCAAGGAAUGUCCAUUAAACCACACACUUCGAGGUAUUUUCGCACUCCAAUACUCUUUAGUGAGUUACAUACCACAGGCGUAGGGGAGUGGAGCCCAUUUUGAACAACAUCCUGCAGAACAAAAAUAUUUGUUGUUAGACUUCACAAAAAAACAGAGGCGUAUCUCACAG